AUGUCAAGAGCAAUUUUUAAAAAUCCAUUAACAUCAUCACAUUUAUGGCAUGUUAUUGAUGCAUCAGGACACAGAGUUGGUAGAUUAGCAACAAAGAUUUCAGAAUUAUUAAGAGGUAAACAUAAACCAAUUUAUGAUAGAUCAGUACCAUUAGAGUGUGGUGAUUAUGUCGUUGUAUUGAAUGCACAUAAAGUUGAAUUUACAGGUAAAAAAUGGGACCAAAAAAUGUACAGAAAGCAUAGUGGUUAUCCAGGUGGUUUAAAAGAAACCCUCGCAAAAGACAUGUUGGUUGAAAAUCCAGAACAUAUCAUUCGUCAUGCAGUCAUGGGUAUGAUACCAAAGAAUAAUAGUAAAUUUUAUUUAGGUAAACGUUUAAAGAUUUACGAUGGAAUUUUCAAUCCACAUCAAGGUCAAAUCACAGCCACACCAUCAUCACCAAUAGCAUUAAAUAUCGGUCCAUUCGUUGAAAAACAAAUCGAACCAACUCAAGAACAAAUCGAUGAAUACUAUGCUGGUUAUAAAUUACAAAUUAAUAAUGAUUCUCAAUCUUUUGAUCUCCUUGAAACUAAAGUUCGUUCACAUAAAGAUCAACUUAAACGUGAAAGAAGAUUAUUAAGAAAGAAAAGAGUUAAUGAAUUAAAACCAUUAAGAUCACCACCAAAAACUGAAGAAAUUGAUAAUUAA